GCGCCGACCUCUCCCCAUCUGUCCGCCCGCGAGCCUGUAACCCGAGCGCACAGUAGGAGCCGUGGCCUCUCGCGGAUGGUCGGUAGUGUCGUUUGAAACAAAACGAUAGUACACUUUUAAACAAGCAGCUAAACACCACAAAGUGUAUAUAAUACGGAGUCAAAUCGUUAAACUUGUCUUUCGUUAUGAAGGCGCCGGAUUUAUUCUUCGUCGUAUGCUGUUUGUAUGGCCUCUGCUGUAUUGGAGGGGCUACUGAUGCGGAGAACACCCUGAUGAAGUCCCUCUUCACCGGCUACAACGUCAAGGUGCGACCAGCCGAGACACCUGACCAGAAAGUGGUGGUGAGGGUGGGCAUGGUCCUGUCAUCACUAGUUGCCUUGAACAUGAAAGAUGAAGAGAUGAACACAGUUGUCAUCAUGAACCUGGCAUGGACUGACUAUCGACUGUCUUGGAACCCCAAAGACCAUGAUAAUGUUGACGUGCUGCGUAUCGCCGCUGGAAAAGUAUGGCUCCCUGACGUCGUCCUCAUCAACAAUAAUGACGGAGUGUUUGAUGUUGCCCUCCAAGUCCAUGUUCAGGCCUACAGUAACGGCAGGGUCACCUGGACUCCCCCUGCCCUCUUCCGCAGCUCCUGUGGAGUCAAGGUGACCUAUUUUCCCUUUGACUGGCAGAACUGCACCAUGGUGUUUCGCUCAUACACAUAUGACUCCUCCGAGAUCGACCUGCAGUACGCGCUGGACAGGAAAGGCAAGGAGAUCCAGGAGAUCGUCUACGACCACACCUUCAGCGAGGGCGGGGAGUGGCGCAUCCGUCACAAUCCGUCGCGUAAGAAUGUGGGAGAGGACUACUACGAGGACAUCACGUUCUACCUGAUCAUCGAGCGCAAGCCCAUGUUCUACGUGUUCAACAUCAUCCUGCCCUGCAUCCUCAUCACCAUCAUAGCCAUCUUCAACUUCUACCUGCCGCCCGACGCAGGAGAGAAGAUGGGUCUGUCCAUUAACGUGCUGCUGACCCUGACUGUGUUCCUGUUGCUGCUGGCCGAUAAGGUUCCUGAGACGUCUCUGGGUGUGCCCAUCAUCGUCAACUACCUCAUGUUCACCAUGAUCCUCGUCACCUGUUCCGUCAUCCUCAGCGUGGUCGUGCUCAACCUCCACCAUCGCUCGCCCAACACGCAUGAAAUGCCCCUGUGGGUGCGCAGGAUCUUCAUCCACCUGCUCCCGCCCUACCUGGGGAUGCUGCGGCCCAAAGUGGAGUCUCCCUUGUCCCUGGAGAUCAUUCCCAAGAAGGAAACCGCCCCGACCAUCUUCCACCACGCCGAUGAGUACUUCAUCCGCAAACCAACCAACCUCACCAUCUUCCCCAAGCCUGACAGGUUCCACUCGAAUGGUAUGUGCACUGACCUGAAAAAGUUCAUUGAAGGUCCAAGUCACUACACCACGCUGCCCGCCGAGCUCAAGUCCGCCAUCGGUGCCAUCACCUACAUCGCAGAGCAACUUCAGGCUGAGAAGGACUACGAAGCGCUGAAGGAAGAUUGGCAGUACGUUGCCAUGGUAGUGGACCGGCUCUUUCUGUGGAUCUUUGUGGUUUUUACCACUGUGGGCACAUUGGCCAUCUUUGCUGAUGCCAGUUUCAAUGCCACGCCCAGUGACCCCUUCAGUGGCCAAUGAGGAUCCUUGCCCCACCCUUUUCCCUGUCUUGCAGCCAAUCCACUGCUGAUGCCAGUUUCAAUUCCACGCCCAGUGACCCCUUAAGUGGCCAAUGAUGAUCCUAGCCCCACCCUUUUCCCUGUCUUGCAGCCAAUCCACUGCUCUGCAGUGCUUCAGAAGUUCUGCCUCAAAGUCAGACAGUCCAUUGCCUGUUCUGUAUCAAGUUUUGUCAAGAUAUUUCAUAAAUCCAUCUUGCACAGGCUCUAGAUGCCUUUGAUACAUAAACACACACACACACACACACACACACACACUCACCUAUGUACA